AUGUUUCAUCGACGUCGCCCGGCUACCACAACCACCCGCACCACAAAGCCUACGCUGAUGACCAGACUCAAGGGGCGAAACGCGAACUCGCGCUCCGUCAAAACCAUAACAACAACGAAGCAGAACCCCAUCCAAGGCCAUCAUCAUACUGGCCAUACUGGCCAUACUGGUCGUACUGGCCAUACUGGUCGUACUGGUCCUACUGGGAGUCGUUUUGGUCAUCGAAAUGCCUAUGGAAAAUCUACCCAUACUCGCCAUCAGCGCAAACCCUCCCUUGGCGACAAGGUCUCCGGCGCUAUGUUGAAGCUGAAAGGAAGCUUGACGCAUCGCCCUGCAGUCAAGGCUGCUGGAACCCGCCGCAUGCAUGGCACUGAUGGACGUGGAAGCCACGCGCAACUGCGGGACACCCCGACUACGCACUUGGACAGUACGACACCUGGGCACCCUUUCAGCUAUAUCUAUACAAUGCCUUCCAUUCAAGAGAGCAAACUAGCCUUCAUUGGCGGUGGCAACAUGGCCUCCGCCAUCAUUGGUGGUCUGCUGAGCAAGGGCGUCAACAAGCAGAAUAUCUGCGUCUCGGAGCCGUGGGAUGUCAACCGCGAGAAGAUGGCCGCACUCGGAGUGCGCACCACCACUUCCAAUGUGGAGGCUGGAGGCGAUGCCGAUUUGGUCAUCAUUGCGGUCAAGCCACAAGUUGCCAAGAGUGUGUGCGAGGAGCUCGGUGGUGCCUGGUCGCCGCGUGCGACUUUGCCCGUUGUCGUCAGCAUUGCUGCGGGUAUUACCCUUGAUAGCUUGAAGGGGUGGUUGACAACGAGCGAUAGCCGUACGGCCCACACUGUUCGCGUGAUGCCCAACACCCCUGCCCUGGUUGGUGAGGGUGCUUCGGGUGCUUUUGCUGGCGCCGACAUUACCCCAGAUGAGAAGGAUCUUGUCAAUGCUAUGCUCGGAAGUGUUAGCAAGGCUACUGAGUGGGUGGACCGCGAAGAACUCCUCGAUGUUGUCACUGGAUUGUCCGGAUCUGGACCCGCCUACUUCUUUGCCAUGGUCGAGCACUUGAUCGCAAGUGCAACUGCUCUAGGCCUCCCUGAGGAACAAGCCACUCGGUUGGCUACACAGACAUGUCUUGGUGCUGGCAAGAUGCUGGUUGAGAGCGCGGACAGCCCUUCUCAACUGCGUAAGAACGUCACUAGCCCCAACGGCACCACAUAUGCUGCUCUCCAGACAUUUGAGUCUCUCAACUUUAAAGAGAUCGUCGACAAGUCUGUCCAGGCUGCCACUGCUCGGUCUGCUGAGCUCGGAAAAAUAAUGGUUUCUUUUUGGCCCUGGAAGGGCGAUAAGAAUUCUGCAGCUUCUUUUGAGAAGACACUGUCGACGCUGUCGACCAAGAUCGCCCAAGCCACCACGCGACUCGACCAGCAACGUCAGUCUUCCCGGCGAAUCAAGGCUCUGUGGACGCUCUACUCGACAUUUGCCUAUCUGUUUUAUUCUAUAAUUCUCGCCCUCGUACUGGGAUGGGAGAGCUGGGGAAUCAAGGAAUAUGCAGCCAUCAUAGGCGGGCCGGUCCUGAUCUAUGGUGUGCGCACUCUCAGCUCCAGAAUCUUUGACUACCGAAUCUCCCGCAUGCAACGCCGUCUUGACGACUUCCAAAGCCAGCGCGAGGAGACCAUCGAAAAGCUCAAGGUCGCAACCAAGUACAACUCCACCCAGCAACUGCUAGAGAAGUACGGCGGUGAGUCUCCCAGGUCCUCCCCGAGCCCAAAGAGACAAGCCGAGAAGGGACAGUUCGCACAGCAGCUACAGAAUGUGCCUCGUACUGGUCUCCCGCCGCCACCCACUGCCAACAUUCGCCGUCCUCCCUCUGCAUCGCAGAACAGCCCGCCAUCCCCCAAUUAUCCCUCUCCCCCUCUCGAGCUACCUCGGGCCCCGCAAACACCGCAGCAGUCGUCUUUCCCACCUUCUUUCUCUCCUCAACCACCCACCAAUCAACCCAGUUUUGCACCGAACGCAUUCCCCCAGAACGGCGAAUACACUGAACAACCAAAUUGGUAUGACCGUGUUUUGGAUGUGCUGAUGGGAGAGGAUGAAACCCAACCCCGCAACCGGAUGGCGAUGAUCUGCAGCGCGUGUCGGCUCGUCAACGGCCAGGCUCCCCCUGGGAUCAAAACACCGGAAGAGCUGGGCCGCUGGCGGUGUUGCAGCUGUGGAGCUUGGAAUGGCGUGGAAAGCGAGACAACAAAGAUCCUUAGCAGUUUGCGUCAGGAUACUGGGUCAGCUGAGGGGACAUGGGAGCCUGUGUCGAAGGCUGACGUGGAUACCCAUUCCUCCGAGAGUACGGAAGAGGGUGUGAUGGUGACUUCAAGUGAGGAGGAACAAGUGGACUCCAUUGGAUCUGACGCGGAGGACCAAACGGAAGAGGAACCUAAGCCGGCCCCUGUGCGGCGGUCCAAGCGCGGUGCGAAGGGAGACAAGGCAUAG